AUGUGGGGUUUAAGACUCCGAUCCCUGCAAAAACAGUGGACACCAGCUCGAACUCGAGCUCUUUCGAGCUUCAGAAGUCAUGCAUCACAGCGCGGUCCUCGCAAUAGCAUAAAAAGACCAAAUCUCAUACAGACUUCAAGGAAGGCCGAACCCUCGCAGCAUCCUGAGCCCGCUGCCAUUGAAUCCCAAGAUGCCACAAGUCCCAAUUAUGACCCUUCGCAGAACACUCUACUUUCUCCCGUUUACGUGCCUGAAGAUCCCAGAGGUGUGCUUAAAGAAAACCACCCGGCAAUUUCGAUACUGGCGAACUCAGGGAUAGUCGUACAACGAGAAAUAGAGAUGAUGAAUGUUCUGAUUGGAUUUGAACAAGCCAAUAAGUAUGUCAUCAUGGAUGCGAUGGGAAAUCACAUUGGAUAUAUGGCAGAACAGGAUAAGGGAUUCGCAAAUACAAUUGCACGUCAAUGGUUUCACACUCAUCGAAGUUUCGUGACGCAUGUAUUUGACCGACAAGAAAAUGAAGUUCUUCGAUUCAACCGCCCCUUCUCUUGGAUCAACUCCCAAAUCCAUGUCUAUGACCCUCUUGAUCAAACGCCAAAUGCUAACUCGGUAUCCACCUCUCUUCAAAGCACAACACCCGGUUCUCUCAUUGAACCUGGCACCAGAUCCAGUGCAAGAAUAUCCCCACUUGGUCUCGGUCAAAUGCGAGUUAUCGGCGAAGCCCAGCAGCAGUGGGCACCUUUGCGGCGAAAGUACAAUCUUUUCACCCAUCACCAGUCCCCAAACCCGGAAACAGACAUGGGAACCCGUGAUUUCUCGCUAUCUCACUCUGGUUUAUCACGAGCACAGCAGACGCAACUGGCGCAAACAUCCGACCAAGACCAGGGUCAAUUCAACCAAUUUGCCUACGUUGAUGAACCCUUUCUAUCAUGGGAUUUCUCCCUGAAAUCAGCAGACGAUCAGUUAAUUGGAUCCGUCAAUCGCAAUUUCGCAGGCUUUGCUCGCGAAAUCUUCACAGACACCGGAGUCUACGCAAUGCGAAUGGAUUCCGCAGCUCUCGGUACCGAGACAUCACACGGCAACAAAACUUUAGGCAUGACGCUCGACCAACGUGCUGUUAUGUUGGCUACAGCUGUAAGCAUUGAUUUUGAUUACUUCAGCCGCCAAAGUGGCCAUGGUGUAUUUGGCAUUCCGCAUGGGGUCCCCAUGGGCGGUCAGGCUCCCGCUGGCGGUGCAGCUGCAGAAGGCGCUGCCGCCGGUGAAGCCGGUGCCGUUGGCGGAGUCGCUGGAGGAACUCUUGAGCGAGUUGGAACCGCCGGUGGUGUGCCAAAUGGUAUGGUUUCAGGUGCUACCACUGCAGGUGCAAUGGCUGGGUAUGAAGCAAUGCAGAGGGCCAACACAGCCGAUUCAAAUGCCUCACCAUCAGAACCGGCGGACCUGGACUCAGAAGGCUUCCAGGAUAAACCUCAAGACCCUUGGGGUGAAGAUGAUUCUUGGGGUGACGGAGAUGACAUGGGUGAUGGGGGUGAUGGGGGUGAUUAUUUCGACUGGUGA